AUGAGCUUUGUCUAAUUGUUAUGUAUGCUAUUUUACUGUUUUGCCCUGUCCCAGUUAUUGUAACAUUAUGGACUCCGGAGACAAAAACUCCAUGGAAGGAACACCAGCUUACACGGAACGAGACAGUGGAAUCGUUGCAAUAUCUCCACUAUGUGAUCACUACAAUAAUCAAAUGAGAAUUGAUUCUCCUACUACUUGUUCCGAUGAAGAAAUCAUCGAGUCUUUGUAUCAAAACAUCUUUAGUAUUGCUCUCUCUCUUCAAAUAGAGGAAUCUGGUUGUGGUUCUCACACACCUCUCUCUGCGCCUUGCCCUGGAGCUCCCAUGAAGCUUACCAAGUUAUCAAGAAACAUCGAUCCAGGAUUCCAAAGAAAACUCUUUUGACAUGAUAUUGCUUCUUCUUUUUUUCUCUUU